UGGGCGAACGGUACGACUGGGCUGCACAAUAGGAUGGUCCUGCACGAUGAGCCUGACCACGCAGCAGCGUCACAGGGCCCGCCGAACCAGACGGAGUUCCUCCCGUCUGGUCCCCCCAGCCUGCCUACGCACAUCCGCACCUUUCGUCACCAGCAGGACUGCGUCCUCGUCACUGAGACUGCACGUUACCUAGGCAACAGCGGGUUUUAUUGGGGUCCCCUGGAUGUGGAUCGGGCACAUCAGCUCCUGGCUGACUUGCCACUGGGGACCUUCCUUCUCCGAGACAGCACCCAGAUGGAUGUCUUCUUCACCCUGAGCUACAGGGCCCAUGACGGCCCCACUAGCGUACGCGUGCUUUUGGGAGAUGAGGGUUUCAGACUGGCUGGCAGCAAACAUGUGUUCCCGUGUUUAUUCGCCCUUUUGGAGUUCUACACAAACUCUCCCAAGCGAAGCCUAAGCAAGCCCUAUCGCGGAGCUUCACCACAGAGCCUACAGGAGCUGGCCAGGCGAGCUGUGAUUCGGACACACAGUAGAAAAAUGAUACCCCAGCUGCCUGUGACUUCAAAUGUCAGAGAUUUCCUGAAUGCAUAUCCCUUCAGCAUUUGA